AUGGAUACACCGCCUGUUUUGAAAUCAGCAUCAUCUGUUGAAACAAGUGUAACGAAAUUAUUGAUAUCAACAAAGCAGCUUUUACAAGUCCUAACUCAAUGGUCCAAAGGGAAAAGUUCUGAGAGGAAUGUUUCGGAUGUCUACGUUCAAUUGGGUAAUGACUUCAAGUUAGUUAGUCGGCAUUUCACCCAUGCUGGGGUAGAUAUAUCGGAUCUUGGAGACGUACCCAAGGAUUUGCGAAGGAUAUUAGAAGUUGCAUUAAGAGAGACUGCUUCUGAGGAUACACUGAAUAAGUAUCUUCCCCAAAUUAGGGAGAUAAUUGUAAGACUAUUAGAGAAGCUUAAAGUUAAACAGGCACUAAUAAAGUUAAAUAGAAACGAAGAUUCUACAAAAUUCCGCUACCAUCAGAAGCAAAGAUCAUCAGUGUCAUCAGUAGUAAGCAAUACUACAUCAUUGGCUGAUACCAGUCCAACUGUACGUUCAACUUCACUAGCAAAGCCUACGUCAAAGUCUUUGAAUGAACAGAAAUCUGCUCCUGUUUUAAGUUUAUCUGAGGCAUCGACAACAGAUAAGGAUCAAAAUUCCAUACAAUCUUCAACCGCUAAACCAGUCGGUGAACAAAAACAUUAUGAUACACUAGAAGUUCCGACUUCAAGUUCUGAAAGCGAUGCGCUUACUCAGUUAAAGAAGGGCAACAAUCUACAACGUAGAGCCUCCAAAAGAUUCUCUGCUUAUCACAUGGCAAAACUGGCGAAUCAAACAGCUGCUGAUCCAGCUAACUCCCCUUCGAGUAAGAGUCUCGCAAAGUCGACUAGCAUAAACCUAACUGAAAAUGAAAGUAACAAUACCAGAACUGACGAUCACGUUCGUUCGCGUGUUUCGUCUUCCGCAUCAGUUGAGCUACAUCCAUACAGUGGAGAGCAGGAAGCAUCAGGCUCUUUCGAUGAUAAUUCUAACCCAAAUGGCAGCCAUGAUAACAUUGUUAUAUUUUUGAAAGUUGGUAAUAAGGUGAAACGUUGUUUCACUAGUCCUAACCUUUCUUUCAAUAAGUUGCGGCUCUUAUUUGUCGAAAAGUUUGCCUACUCUCCUGGUGGUGAUAUAUUUCCGGAGAUAUACAUCAAGGAACCAAAGUACGAAGCUUUUUACGAAUUAGAAGAAAGCCAAUUGCACAAUAUUAAAGAUGGUAGUAUUUUCCAACUCCAGAUUCCAGCUCCAUCUUUGGAACAACAACUACAAAAAUUGAACGAAGUUGUUGUUGAAAAGCAAGCAACAUUCUUCGAAAACAUCAAGACACUGAUACAAGAAAUAUCUACGCAUCCUACUACACCAUCCAAUCACACAUCUGGUAUUAUUAAUCAAACGAAGUCUUCGGAUUCUUCUACCGUUGUUGAUGUGGAUCAUCAUCAAGAAAUUGCCCAGAUCAAACACGAAAUGACUAUUUUAAAGCAAAUUCAUUCCAGUCAGAAAAAAACUUUGGAGAACACAAUUACUGACAUUUCAGAGAAGUUGCAAAAGUUUCAAAGUUUGUCUGUCACCACUGGUAAAUCCGCUAAUAGGGAUUAUAUGGAAAAAUCGCAAUCAAAACUUUCUGAAGUUUCUGAUAAUCUCUUAAGCAAAGUGGACGACCUGCAGGACGUUAUAGAAGCCUUAAGAAAGGAUGUGGCAAUCAGAGGUGCUAGACCACCAAAGAAAAAGAUUGAAAAUGUCUCUUUGGAUCUAGAAUCGGCUAAGAAUGAUUUGGAACGCAUGUCAAAGUACAUCGAAGUUGAAAAGCCAAAUUGGAAAACAAUCUGGGAAGCUGAGCUUGAUAGAGUUUGUGAAGAACAACAAUUCAUGACUUUACAAGAAGACUUAGUUUUCGAUUUACAAGAAGACUUGAAAAAAGUAUUGGAAACCUUCGAGCUCGUAAAAAUGUGCUGCGAACAGCAAGAAAAGGCACCUAAAAAGAAUAAAGGGAAUCCGAUACUUCCCAUCGCAAAGCCAGGAACAUUUAACAUGAUCAGAGACCAAGUAUUAUAUGAAGUCCAGAGUUUAAACCCUGAUCACGAUAGCAGGGUAGAAGCUAUCAAGAAAGCUGAAAAACUCAGAGAGAGAGAGAGAGAAUACAGGGAGAAUGAGGCUUUCGAAGAUGAGUUAGGAAACUUUGUUGAAAAGGGAAAUUUCAAGAAGGCAGGUGGAAUAGAGGAGAUUGAAAAACUAAGAAAGCAGAAAGAUGAAGAAAAUUUACGUAUGAACUUUGGAAUGCUCUAA